GCCGGCGCGGCGUCCAGGCUCGGGGAGGAGGAGGAGGAGCCCGAGCCCGAGGAGAAGCUGCCGCCGCCGCCGCCGCCCAAGAUGUCUUUGCGAACCGCGCUGGCGCCGGGCAACGAACGCAAUUCCGAGGCGCACCAGCGCUGCCCCGUGGUGACGCUCGACCCGGCGCCCAUCCCGGUGACGCCGCCGCUGUCCCCGCAGCCCUCCACCCUGGCCAGCAGCCGCUCGGAAAAGGGCUCCUCAUGGUCCAGCCGCUCGCUGGGCGCCCGCUGCCGCAACUCCAUCGCCUCCUGUGCCGACGAGCAGCCGCACAUCGGCAACUACCGGCUCCUCAAGACCAUCGGCAAGGGCAACUUUGCCAAGGUGAAGCUGGCGCGGCACAUCCUCACCGGCCGAGAGGUGGCGAUCAAGAUAAUUGACAAGACGCAGCUGAACCCCACAAGCCUGCAGAAGCUCUUCCGGGAAGUCAGGAUCAUGAAGGGUCUUAAUCACCCCAACAUUGUCAAGCUCUUCGAGGUGAUCGAGACGGAGAAGACGCUGUACCUGGUGAUGGAAUACGCCAGUGCUGGAGAAGUCUUUGAUUACCUCGUUUCCCAUGGGCGCAUGAAGGAGAAGGAAGCACGGGCCAAGUUCAGACAGAUCGUCUCGGCUGUGCAUUACUGCCACGAGAAGAACAUCGUGCACCGAGACCUGAAGGCCGAAAACCUUCUGCUGGAUGCAGACGCCAAUAUCAAAAUCGCCGACUUCGGGUUCAGCAACGAGUUCACGCUCGGCUCCAAGCUGGACACGUUCUGCGGGAGCCCCCCCUACGCCGCCCCGGAGCUCUUCCAGGGCAAGAAGUACGACGGCCCCGAGGUCGACAUCUGGAGCCUGGGCGUGAUCCUGUACACGCUCGUCAGCGGCUCGCUGCCCUUCGACGGGCAGAACCUCAAGGAGCUGCGCGAGCGGGUGCUGCGUGGGAAGUACCGCGUCCCCUUCUACAUGUCCACGGACUGCGAGAACAUCCUGCGGCGCUUCCUGGUGCUGAACCCCACCAAGCGCUGCACGCUGGAGCAAAUCAUGAAGGACAAAUGGAUCAAUAUUGGGUACGAGGGGGACGAGCUGAAGCCGUACAAGGAGCCGGAAGAGGACUUUGCGGACGCGAAGCGCAUUGAAGUGAUGGUGGGCAUGGGCUACACCCGGGAAGAGAUCAAGGAUGCCCUGGCCUGCCAGAAGUACAACGAGGUCACAGCCACGUACCUCCUGCUGGGCAGGAAAAAUGAGCAGGCGGAAGGGGGCGAGUCCCGCACGGGCAGCAGCCUCUCCCUGGCCCGGGCGCGGGCGCCCAGCGAGGCCUCCAGCGGCAGCAGCAAGUCCUCCACGCACAGCAAGGGUCCCCGCAGCGCCUCCACCUACCACCGGCAGCGGCGGCACAGCGACUUCUGCGGCCCGUCCGCGGUGCCCGUGCACCCCAAGCGCAGCCCCACCAGCACCGGGGACGGCGAGCUGAAGGAGGAGCGGAUGCCGUCCCGCAAGGCCAGCUGCAGCGUGGUCAGCAGCGGCCGCGGCAUCCCGCCCUCCAGCCCCAUGGUGAGCAGCGCCAACAACCCCAACAAAUCCGAGAUUCCCGACCGGCGCAAGGACAGCGCGGUGAACACGAAUAACAUCCCUUCGAGCAUGAUGACCCGGAGGAACACGUACGUGUGCACAGACCGGCCCGGCGGGGACCGCCACUCGCUGCUCCAGAACGGGAAGGAGAACAGCUCCGUCACCAGCCGGGCGCCCCCAGCCUCCCCCUCCAGCCACAGCAUCGCCACCUCGUCCGGCUCCUCAGACCGCGCCCGGCUCUCCCGGGGCACCAACAUCCGCAGCACCUUCCACGGGGGCCAGGUGCGGGACCGGCGAGGGACCGGCGUGCAGAACGGGCCGCCCACCUCGCCCACGCUCUCCCACGAAGCCACCCCCCUGCCGCAGAGCCGCAGCCGGGCCACCUCCAACCUCUUCAGCAAGCUCACGUCGAAACUCACGCGGAGGGUCGCAGACGAACCUGAGAGAAUCAGGGGACCUGCGCUCACAAGUUGCAAUUUACCUUGGAAUCAAAAGGAAGCAGAACCCCGGUUGCUCCGAUUUACCUGGAAUGUGAAGCUCACCAGCGCCCGCUCCGCCGAAGCCAUCCUGGCCGCCCUCCGCCAGGCCACGGACUCUGCCGACUGCUGCUGCCGCCAGACAGAGCCCUUUGUCCUGACCUGCACGCACGAGCAGAGCGCCAGCGAGCUCUCCUGCUGCUUCGAGGUGGAGGUGUGCCGGCUGCAGCGGCUCGGCGGGCUCCACGGUGUGCUCUUCCGGCGCCAGGCCGGCACCUCCCUGGCCUUCCGCAGCCUGGUGGCCAAGAUCUCCGACCAGCUGCAGCUCUAGGGGUGGGCGCGGCCCCGGCCCUCUGCAGGGACUGACCCCAGAUGGGCGGACAGGACGGGGCCAGGACCUGCCCCCGGUGCCUGGAGGCCCGGAGUUCUCCGGGGCUUCAUCCUGCUGCCCAGUGGGGCGAGAAGCUGCUCUGGGGGGCCCCCCC